GACUCCGGCCGUCGGGUCCCUCCAGUCUCCCACGUGCGCCUGGCGCGCAAGGACGCGCGUCUCACCUGCUCCAUGGCGACGGGCAACUCUCCCCUGCUGCCUCAGCCGGCGCUGGGAGCCUCGUCGCCCAGGGCGCCCCCUUCUUCUCCUGCGCUGCCCGUGCCGUCGGGGGUGCCCGUGCCGCCUUCUUUUCUCCGCCCGCCGAGCCUCUUCGUGCGCGCAGCGGCGGCUGCAGUGGCGGCGGCUGCUGCUGCUGCUGCCAGCGCCGGCCCGUCGUCGUCGUCGGGGGACAGCGGCGGCUGCCGCUCCUUCUCGCGGGCGUCGGGGCUGGAGCGCGCCGCCGCCGCCGCCUACCCUCGCACGCCCAAGUGCGCGCGCUGCCGCAACCACGGCGUGGUGUCGGCGCUCAAGGGCCACAAGCGCUUCUGCCGCUGGCGGGACUGUGCGUGCGCCAAGUGCGCGCUCAUCGCCGAGCGGCAGCGGGUCAUGGCCGCGCAGGUGGCGCUGCGGAGGCAGCAGGCGCACGAGGAGAGCGAGGUCCGCGCCGGGAGACAGACGCCGCCGCCGCCGGCCGCCGCCGCCCCUCGACGGAGCGCAGACGGCCCGGGGAGCGCGAGCGCAGGAGCGGAGCCGGCGCGCCACGGCCACUGCCCGCAGCUCCCGCGCGGACCAAGAGUCCAUGUCUCAUUUUCUUUUGCAGAAGAGAAGAUUCAGAAGUACGGCUUUCACUAUAGUGAACCAAGAAGCUCUGCAGCCUACUUGCAUAUACCCUCCCUGAGGUCUUCCCCUGAAGCUACUGGAGACCAUAAAGAGAACUUCUCUGGUCCACAGAUUCCAGGUAAAGAGAUGGUUUCAGGUCCUGACGACUCUUUAAAAGGCACCAAUAGUUCAGCAUCUUUGUCUUCGUCCGACAUGGAAUCGGGGAAUGAAAGUGAGCGUCUCCAGGACUUUGUUGCUUCCACUUCCAGCAUCCCUUCUCCUCCUCCUCCUCCUCCUCCUCCUCCUCCUCCAACUUCUAGCACUUCAAGACGCAGAGACCCACUUGAUAUCCUUACCAAGGUCUUUCCAGAUCACAAGCAAAGCAGGUUAGAGAGAGUCCUGCAUUUCUGCAGAGGAGACAUAGUCCAAGCUAUAGAGCAGAUACUGAACGUGAAUGAACAGAAGCAAGAGCUUGCAGCCUCACCAUUGCCAGGAUGCAGUGUCCUCCAGCGAGCCUCCGAUUUUAGCCUCCUAGGAAUAGAUGUCAGGGCACUUGGCAAUAAAUCGGCCUUUUCUCCUCUACAAAGCGGUCCAGCUUCCUUUGGGAAUGAGGCGGAUCUUUAUGGUCUAAGCCCUAGACUGGGGAUUGGGCCUUUGAGAGUGGCAUUUUCCCCACCUGGAAGAGCCUUACCUGGGAUGAUGCCAUCCUACCUUAGGACUGGACUGUUUCCUGCCUUCCCUUUCCACCCAGCAAUGGACUAUUCCUUUUCAGGAAUGAUCAAAGAUGCAUCUUAUUCCCCCAAUAAAGACACAGUUGUCAGUAGCAAGAUCUACACUAGACUGAAUGAAGAACACAAAUAGUAUAUUCAUCAAAUCUUGAUUUUUUUUUUGGUAGU